ACCUGCGUUUGGAAAAUUACAUUAAUAAAAUAAAUAAGUCAGAUAUAAAAUUAAAACUUGGGUAACUAGCAGAGCAAUAGACGACGACGUGUAGAGGACCGCUGGUGAAGAUAGUGAUUUUCAACAGAAGUCAACUGUUCUUGAGGCUGUGCAGUUCUAUAGUAGAAGAAUUCAAGGAGGAGGAGAAAAAGAAGAAGAAGAAGAAGAAGAAGAAGAAGAAGAAGAAGAAGAGGAAAAUCAAGUAAAGAAAACUAAGACGAGCGAGAUAAUUAUUAAAUAUACAGCCCAACCAUGUCUCAACUUUAUACCAAUAACACACCGGCCCAAGUAGCCGUUGCUGUGUCUCUAUCUAUCCUAACAGUGGCUAACGUAAUAGGAAACAUCCUAGUUAUACUGAUCAUUCUGACCAAUAAAUCCAUGAAAUUACCAAUGAACUACCUCCUCGUCAACCUUGCUGUAGCUGAUAUAAUGGUAGGGAUAUUCCUUGCUCCACAGUAUGUUUUCAUCUCCUUUUUCAYUCAUCCUGACGGCGUUGCGGGAAAGAUAUUGUGCAAGGUGUUAACUGGUGGAUCRUUUGCUUGGAUAGGUGCUGUUGCUUCGUCAUUUACUCUCGUUUCUGURKCAUGUGAAAGAUAUUUUGYAAUCGUSCAUCCUUACUCUAUCAAGCUGAAACUAAAUAUGAAAAGGCUUAAAUUGAUCGUCAUCUUUUGUUGGCCUUACGCCUUGCUAUUUAACUUUCCUACAUUAUGGACACUUGACUUCAGUACAGAGGUACAGUCGUGCACGCAACAAUGGUCAAUGCAUCUCAUGUGGCUUUCUACUACUUACAGCACAUUAUGGUUGGUUUUUGUUGGAGUCAUUCCUAUUUCCAUCAUGUUUGUUCUGUACAGCAGAGUCAUCUACUCUCUUUGGUUCAAGCAACACCAAGUACAAGGUACACAACUAGCCUUGUUGAAGUCAAGGAAGAGAGUUACCAAGAUGAUGAUCAUUGUCAGUGUUGUAUAUGUUGUUUGCUGGCUUCCAAAUAUCUUGAUAUAUCUCUUUUCCAGUCAUGACACUGGACUCGUGUUGGCAAGUCUUCCAUAUGUAGCUAGCUUGGUGCUGGCUGCAUGUAAUUCCGCUAUAAACCCGUUCGUUUAUACUUUACAGAGCGAAAGGUUUCGCCGUCUUUUGAUGGGGUUACUUCGACUUAGGAAACAACGCCAAAAUUGCAUUGCUGUUGUCAAUCAGGGAAAGUCUUCCAUCAAAAAGUGCAACAUUUCUGGACCCGAGCUCGUAGAUACGAAGAAGAAUGCCGAAUAAAACAGUGUAGAAAAAGACAAAAACACAAACAAGCGAGGAGAGUUUUUGUGUGUCUUUCCUCUAUCAUUGACGAUUAAUUGCGUCAUCAAAUUGUCAAUUAAAGUAGUGUGGAUCCACGAGGCGUAGCCGAGACUUUACUCGUGUCUGGUAAGCUUUCUUCAAGAGGUCCUAUUAGUGUGUCCGCACAGUUAAAUCGAUAUCAUAUGAAUCCGCCAAUCAAAUACUGUAUGACCUGGUAGUAAAUUAUCGCAGUGCCACACUACAUCCCCAUUUCAAGCAGGCUUUCAACCUCCAUAAUGGAGUCUCGAGUUUACAUUGGUCUUGUCAACUAUUUUGCAGUGCGGCUUACAAUAUAUAAGAUUUAGUAAUGAAAAACAAAUGAAUGCUCCAUUGCAAUGGGGUUUCUUAAACCGCAAUAGUGGAGACUUGAGUUUACCCGUGGUAUUGUCAACUAUAGUUUGCAGUGGGGCCUCCAAUACAUAAGAUUUAUUUGUGUAAAACCAUAUAUCAAAAGUUAAUUAAAAUGAGAUAUCAAAACUAUUUUAGAUGUGUUAAUCAUCACAGUAAAUAAGCGAUCUAAGCGAACGCUGUUAAUAAAGACCUGAAAAAAUGAUUUCAGGCUUCAACGUGCGGGAAUCGAACCCAUGACCUCCGCAAUGCCGGUGCGAUGCUCUACCAACAGAGCUUUGAAGCCAAUCCUGUUGGUGAGCGGUCAUUUUUGUUGGGUUCAUCAAAAUCUGUUGUUGAAUUGAUGCAUUUGUUGACCCGCAUGCUAGGUCUAACUCUAGCAUCUGCUAUUAUUAAGUAAGAGUUAGUUACCGAGA